AUGAAAAAACAAGAUGAUGAUACGUUUAUAAUCAAUGGCGAAUCAAAUACAAUAAAAUCGCGACGGAUAUGCAAUAGUUUGAACUCAUCGGAGGACUCAUCCGAGGACAACUGUGCAUUAUUAAUUCUGGUGAUUAUCGGCUUCUUCAAUGAUUUUGUGUUGUCGGUUGUACAUGAACGAGUUCCAGAGCAGCCACCUUUGCCUGAUAUUGUGUUCGAACGAACACCUUACAUUCCACAAGCUCUUGUUUUUUCUGAAUAUUUGAUACUAAUUUCGUUGUUUAUUAUGUUAUUAAUAACAAUUUUCCACAAAUAUAGAUGGAUUAUUUUAAGAAGGAUUGCUUGCAUCGGAUCUUUAUUGUAUUUUGGUCGAUGUGUAACCAUCCUUGCUACUCAAGUGCCAGUUGCUGAUUCAAAUUAUUAUUGUUCGCCAAAAUUUAAGGAUGAUAACUACACGUUUUGGAAUGUCUUCUUGCGGUCGCUGCAGAUCGUCGGCGGUGUUGGAUUAAAAAUUAACGGAAAACAUACACUUUGUGGUGAUUAUAUUUAUAGCGGACACACUAUUGUUUUUGUCAUUAGUUGUCUUUUUAUAAGAGAAUAUAGUCCUCGUCGAUGGAAACCGUUACAUUUUCUCUCUAUCCUUAUUUCUAUGGUUGGUGUUAUAUUAUUGCUUAUAUCGAGAGGUCAUUACACAAUUGAUGUUAUAAUCUCCUACUGGAUCUCAACGCGAAUUUUUUGGAUUUACCAUACACUUGCUGCUUGCUCUAAUUUAAGAGUAAUUCUUUUUUGA